AUGCCCGGCAUGUCAAAAACUAAGACCGAACCCAUUUUUCCUACCUCCACUGCAGUGGAUGCGGAAGCUUCGUCUGAAAGUGCUGCGCCUCCGGCCUCGGGCACGUCCAGACAACGCGCGCUUGCGGUUCGAAAGGCCGGCAGUUCAAACGCCGUCAGCGGGCCAAAUCGUGAGGCCAAACUUGAGGGAAGUAAGCAGCGAAAGGGAAAGCAACACGGGGGGUCCGCGGCUGCUGUGGGUAGUGCACCGCCGCAGCCAGCGAAUCGUAGACGCCCGCGGGGGAGCUCAGUGACGUUCGCUGCUGAUUACUCAACGCCAUGCGUGGCAGCUUCCACAAUUUCCCGCCCUUCCUCGCCGUCAAAUGAUGGCAAUCGCUACAAGAAGGCUUCCGUAGGCCCCAAAAAUGCCCCGCUACCUACUGGGACUUCUAUGAGCAAGGAGGAGAAAAUCAACUUGCCUUCUGCAGUGGGCAAGUCCUCAGCGGGCGUGCCCACAACCUCUCUGCGCGUGAGCCAUCGAAACUGGCAGAGCAACUGCAUGUUGCUGUACAAGCACAUCAUGUCGCACAUCUUGGAGUGGCCAACAUUAUCUGUCCAGUGGCUUCAUUCGUGCAAUCCGCGCUCUAACGGCGAGAUAGGGCAGACAUUGCUUCUGUCGACGCACACGAGUGGCGGCGCUGCAAACUACCUACUGCUCAUGGAGGUUAGCCUCCCAUCCGAGCCCAUUGACGCCUCUGGGCUCCACUACGAACAGAGACAAGACUACCAAGGCUUUGAAUUCGGCGAUGAGGAUACGCGGAAAUUCACCAUAACUGCGCGCAUUCCGCAUGAAGGCGAGAGCAACAGGGCUCGCAUUUUUCAGGGCAAUGACACACUUAUCGCAAGCAAAGCGAACGAUGGCUGUGUUUACCUGUUUGACUCUUGCAAGUUUGGCCCCGAACUAUGCGCUUCCGAUGCGGAAUCUGAGGAGAGCCAAAGCACCUCAAAACGAGGCCAGAUGGCUGCAAACGCAGAAGCUGUCCUCACGGGCCACACGGCGCAAGGUUGGGGCUUGGAGUGGAGCCCAACAAGGGAGGGAUGGCUUGCCUCCUCGGGUGACGAUGGACUUGUCUGUAUUUGGGACACGAGGUCGUCUUGUGGCAAAGAGAAACGUUUGAGCCCUGUUCACUGCUUGGUGGCCUCGAGUGACCGCAGACCCUUGCAGGACGUGGCAUGGAAACGCGGGGAUGACGCGGGAGAAGUCAUCGUGGCCGUCGGUGACGAUGGGCAGCUGAACAUCUGGGACUUACGUGCGGGCGCGUCGCCUGUUCACCGACAAUGCUGCAACCACGCGUGUGCGAACGUUUUGGCCUUGAACCCCGUGGCCCCAAAUGUUUUUGCCACUGGAGGAGCUGACGCGGGACUCAGUGUCUGGGACUUUCGAGACCUCCGCCGACCAGCUCACCGCCUGUUAUACCUAGAGGAUGAAGCACUAACAAGUCUCAAGUGGCAUCCACAAAACAAGGCCGUGCUCGCAGCAGGUGCAACUGAUCGUUACGUCCGCAUUUUUGACUGUUCACUGAUUGGCGCCGAGCAGUCGCCAGAGGAAGCGGAAGAAGGAGCUCCAGAAGUAAUUUUUGUACAUGGGGGCCACGUCGCGGGCAUCACGGAGAUUGACUGGAACCCAAUCGAGGAUAAGUUCCCAUGGGCUAUCGCUUCCGCUUCCGAAGACAACGUACUGCAAAUUUGGCAGCCGUCGAUAAAGGCAUUUGAGAUAGAGGAGGCGAACUUUUUGUACGAGGAGGGAAGCAUGGACGAAGAAAUUCUCGAUUAA